GAUUCUCGUUUUUACAUGUGGGACAUGUUUUCAACAAAUAUUCAACAAGCUGAUCAGCCACUGUUCAUUUUUUAAUUUAUUUUUUUAUGGGUCAUUUUCUAGUCUACUGCAAGUUGCAAAUUUAUAAUAUUUAACUUCAUGGGGGUAAUUCUCGUGUUCAAGUUUGCCAGUGUUGUUGACUUGUUGAGAGUCUUCUUGAUCUUAUCAGACCAGGCCAAAAACUGGGUUAGUGGGUUGCUCUUUGAACAUGAUGUAAUGGCCUCGUUCUCUACUUUGUUGGAUACCCCUUUCAUUCCUAGGUCACCAUUCUAGUCCUUACUAGUCUUUUCUCCAUUACAACUCAUAUGGGUGCUCAUCAAAUUCUAAUUUUGACCCAUAUUUACCCAGUUUUUGAAGCUUGAGCAAUCUUAGUUUGAGCCAAGUUUGAGUCUUUACAGUGAAGAAUUGGUGUGGUUGCUUAGUAACAAUGAAACACUCUGUGAUUCUUCUGCCACUAGUAGUUCUGAUUUGGGUAUUCCUUAAUGGCUCUGUGUACUGCCAAGGUCCUGCUGUUGUGAACAUUGGUGCAAUUUUUACUUUCAAUUCGGUUAUUGGUAGAGCAGCCAAGGUGGCCAUGGAAACAGCAGUCUUUGAUGUCAAUGCGGAUCCAAAAAUUCUCAACGGGACAGAGCUGAAGUUGAUCUCGGAGGAUGCAAAUUGUAGUGCCUUCUUGGGGUCCGUUGGAGCUUUUCAGGUACUUGAGAAAGGAGUAGUGGCCAUAAUUGGUCCACAGUCCUCUGCUAUAGCUCAUAUGAUUUCUGAGAUUGCUAAUGGUCUCCGAGUGCCUCUUGUCUCAUUUGCUGCCACUGAUCCAAAUCUUUCUGCCAGCCAAUUCCCAUUCUUUAUUCGAAGUACACAAAGCGAUUCCUACCAAAUGGCUGCUGUGGCUGAAUUAGUUGACUUCUACGAAUGGAAAGAAGUCAUUGCCAUCUUUGUCGAUGAUGAUUAUGGAAGGAGCGGGAUAGCUUAUUUAGAUGAUGAACUUGAGAAGAAACAAUUGAAGAUUGCUUAUAAAUUACCUUUGCCAAUCCAGUUAGAUCCAGGCAACAUCACCGAUAUGCUCAACAAAUCAAAAUUGCUCGGUCCUCGUGUCUAUGUUGUUCAUGUUGGUCCUGACCCCAGUUUGAGAAUCUUCUCCAUAGCUCAGCAACUUGAAAUGAUAACCACCAACUAUGUCUGGCUUGCGACAGAUUGGCUUUCUACUACCUUAGAUUCAUUCUCUCAAAUGAAUAAAACUUCACUCCGUAUCCUCCAAGGGGUAGUGGGGCUUCGUCAACAUAUUCCAGAGUCCAGCCAGAAGAGGGCUUUUGUGUCUAGAUGGAGAAAAUUUCUACUAGAGGGUUUAGCACGUUCUGAGUUGAAUACCUAUGGAUUCCAGGCUUAUGACACAGUGUGGACAGCUGCAUAUUCAAUUGAUAAGUUUCUGAAAAAACAACGAAAUAUCACAUUCUCUUCCAGUGAUAAGUUGCAAAAAUUUAUUUCAACUAAAAUGCAGAUGAGGACGCUCAAAGUCUUUGAUCAUGGAUCUCUUCUGCAUGAUAUAUUAUUGAAGACAAACUUCACUGGUUUAAGUGGUCAAGUCCAAUUCAAUCAAGAUAGUAGGAACAUUGUGAGUGGUGGUUAUGAUGUCAUUAAUAUCGACAAUAUGGCAAUUCAUACAGUUGGUUAUUGGUCUAAUUCUUCAGGCUUUUCAAUUUUACCCCAAGAAAAUCCCCAAAUGGAUCAAAAGAAUUAUUCCCGCCCAAAUCAGAAGCUUAAAAAUGUUACUUGGCCCGGUGGAAAGACAGAAAGGCCGCGUGGCUGGGUAAUUGCAGACAAUGGAAGACCAUUGAGGAUUGGAGUCCCAUUUAGAGCAAGUUUUGUUGAAUUUGCUACUAAAGUCAACAACAGCGAUGACAUGCAAGGAUACUGUAUUGAUGUGUUCAAGGAAGCACUAAAAUUAGUGCCUUAUGAUGUUCCUUACAAAUUGGAGCCUUUUGGGGAUGGCCACUCCAAUCCCAGUUAUGAUGGGAUUGUAAAGAUGGUACAAAACGGGUCGUUUGAUGCAGCUGUCGGGGACAUUGCAAUUGUGACAAACAGGACAAGGAUUGUGGAUUUUUCACAGCCUUAUGCUACUACUGGUCUUGUCAUAGUGGCUCCUAUCCACAAUUCAAAAUCAAGUGCUUGGGUGUUUCUUAAACCUUUUACAGUAGAGAUGUGGUGCGUUACUGCAGCUUCUUUUGUAAUGAUUGCAGUAGUUAUUUGGAUUCUUGAGCAUCGAGUCAAUAACGAUUUCCGGGGCCCCCCUAAGAAGCAGCUUGUUACAAUGUUUCUGUUCAGCUUCUCAACAUUGUUCAAGACAAAUCAGGAAAGUACAGAAAGCUCACUUGGAAAGAUGGUGAUGGUGGUGUGGCUUUUCCUAUUGAUGGUCAUCACAGCAAGCUAUACAGCAAGCUUGACUUCAAUUCUCACGGUUCAGCAGCUUUCAUCACCCAUCACAGGAAUUGAUAGCUUGAUUGCAAGUAAUUGGCCUAUUGGGUAUCAAGUAGGUUCAUUUGCUUAUAGCUAUCUGGCAGACAAUCUUUACAUAGCUAGGUCAAGACUCAUUGAACUAGGCUCCCCAGAGGAGUAUGAGAAUGCACUCCGAAAAGGGCCAAAAGGUGGAGGGGUGGGAGCUAUUAUAGAUGAGCUUCCAUAUGUGGACUUGUUUCUAUCAAAGCAAACUGAAUUUGGGAUUAUUGGGCAGCCAUUUACCAAGAGUGGAUGGGGAUUUGCUUUCAAGAGAGAUUCCCAGCUUGCUGUUGACAUUUCUACUGCAAUCUUGAAACUUUCUGAGAGUGGAGAGCUUCAGAAGAUCCAUGAGAAGUGGUUCUGUAAGAUGGGUUGUCCUGGAGAGAGGAGACAGAACUCUGAACCUAACCAACUCCACAUGAUCAGCUUUUGGGGUCUCUAUUUAUUGUGUGGUGUCUUCACUAUUGGUGCCCUUCUUGUGUUUCUGCUCCAAAUGGUUCGCCAGUUUGUGCGGUACAAACGACAGCAGAAGAGGUCUGAUCCUCCGUCGCCUAUCUCGUCAAAGCCUCACUGUUCUCAGGUCAUUUACAACUUUUUUGACUUCAUUGAUGAGAAGGAAGAAGCUAUCAAGAAAAUAUUUACUCAAUCUGACAAUCCUCCAGGUCCCGUUAGCUAAUCAUAUGUAUAUAUGUUCUGACUUUAAAGGCUACACCUAUUUUAAUUAGUGCAAGUUGAAAGUUCUGAUAUUGAACAAGACCCAAGUUUUUGUAGAGUAUUCACAUACUUCAUUACAGCUAAAAUGUAUAUACUAGUUUCCCUUGUAUAGUAACAGAAAAAUGGUUGCACUUUUCUUAUUGCCUAAAACGGCAUUAGGAACAGUGUCUUGUUCAGUUGCUUUUGUUAGUUAUGGUUGUAUUAUCAAUAUAAAAUCUUGUUUGGUUA